AUGACUAACAUGGCAACAGAGGGAGGUCUGGCGCCUGGCAGCGAUGACAUGCCAGUGGGAGGACCCAAGACUCCUCAACAGAUCGCUGCCCAGCGUCGCUUGCAGCAGACGCAAGCGCAAGUAGAUGAGGUGGUGGACAUAAUGAAAACAAACGUGGAGAAAGUAUUGGAAAGAGAUCAAAAGCUCUCAGAACUCGACGACAGGGCAGAUGCUCUGCAGCAAGGCGCGUCACAGUUCGAGCAACAGGCUGGAAAACUCAAAAGCAAAUUUUGGUUGCAGAACUUAAAGAUGAUGAUAAUUGCAGCAGUCAUCGGAAUCAUUAUUUUAGCCUUAAUUAUUGGUCUG